AAGGUCGUGACACUCUCUCAGUCACCGACCCGGGCUGCUGCAACCAAAAGCAUAUCUUGUCUUGCGCCCCACGUUUUGGUAUCCUCAUUUGGGAAUUCGCCGUUGGACCAGCAAGACCAUCACUCUCCAUGCUCCGAUCCCAGCGCCUCCUUGUCGGCCGCCGCGUGGGCUCGAGCCUCACGCGCCCGCAGCAGACGCGCGAUGCCAGCACCAUCAAGAAGCUCAUGGCCGCCAACCGUGGCGAGAUCGCUACGCGCAUCAUGCGCGCCGGUAACGAGCUGGGCCUUCGCACCGUCGGCAUCUUCUCCAAGGAGGACCGUUUCACGCAGCACCGCUACAAGGCGGACGAGAGUUUUCUCGUGGGCGCGGGCAAGUCCCCCGUAGGCGCGUAUCUGGACAUCGACAGCAUCAUCCAGAUCGCGAAGGAGAACAACAUCGACGCUAUCCACCCGGGCUACGGCUUCCUCAGUGAGAACGUGGGCUUUGCCGAACAGUGCGCUAAGAACGGCAUCAAGUUCGUGGGUCCUACUCCUGAGAACCUGCAGCGCUUCGGUGACAAGACCGCUGCGCGUGAGAUCGCCAUCGAGCAGAAGGUUCCGGUGGUGCCGGGUACGGACGGACCUGUGCACACCCUCGAGGAGGCUCGUGCUUUCAUCGACUCGGGUGUGGGUUAUCCUGUGAUCAUUAAGGCCAGUAUGGGAGGCGGUGGCCGUGGUAUGCGUGUCGUCAACCGCGCCGAGGACCUCGAGGAGAACUUCGAGCGUGCCAGCUCCGAGGCCCUGGCCGCGUUCGGUGACGGCACUGUGUUUAUUGAGCGCUACGUGGACCGCCCGCGCCACAUUGAAGUCCAGAUCUUGGGUGAUGGCCAGGGAAACGUUGUGCACCUGUACCACCGUGACUGCAGUGUGCAGCGUCGCCACCAGAAGGUGUUGGAAACGGCCCCUGCUGUGGGUCUGGACCCCAAGACUGAGAAGGCUAUGAUCGAUGACGCUGUGCGUCUCACCAGUGCUGCUAAGUACCUGAACGCUGGUACUGUAGAGUUCCUGGUGGACCAACAAGGUCGCCACUACUUCAUCGAAGUGAACCCUCGUAUCCAGGUCGAGCACACGAUCACGGAGGAGAUCACGGGCAUCGACUUGGUGCAGAGUCAGAUCCGUAUCGCUGGUGGUGAGACCUUUAAGGAUCUGGGUCUGAGUCAGGACAAGAUCAAGCCGCGUGGCCAUGCCAUGCAAUGCCGUGUGACCACGGAGAACCCGAGCACUGGUUUCCAGCCGGACUCUGGAGUCAUUGAGGUGUUCCGUAGCCCCGGUGGCAUGGGUAUCCGUCUGGAUGACGGUCCUGGAUUCGUCGGUGCUCACAUUACCCCUCACUACGACUCUCUACUCGUUAAGGUGACUGCCCGUGCUCUGGAUCGUGGUGAUUGCGCUCACAAGUUGAAGCGUGCGUUGUCCGAGUUCCGUGUGCGUGGCGUGACCACCAACAAGAGCUUCUUGACCAAUGUACUGAAUCAUCCGGACUUCAUCAGGGGUGUUGUGGACACGAGCUUCAUUGCCAGCAACCCGGACCUGCUGGAGCCGUCUAAGUCGACGAACCGUGGCCAGAAGAUGCUCAAAUACAUCGGUAACACGAUCGUUAACGGCCCGGAGAAGGCGCUGGGUGCUACUGGACCCCCUCCGUCUAAGGUUGACCCGAUCAUUCCGACCCUUGCAGCUCCGCCGGCGUCCAAGGAGAAGUCACUGCGUCAGAUCUACGUCGAGCAAGGCCCAGAGGCCUUCGCGAAGGCUGUACGUGCCAAGAAGGGACUGCUUUUGACCGACACUACAUGGCGUGAUGCUCACCAGUCGCUGCUUGCUACGCGUAUGCGUACCCGUGAUAUGCUUGCCAUCGCCCCUGCCACUUCUAUCGCGAUGCGUGAUGCCUUCUCGCUUGAGAUGUGGGGCGGAGCGACGUUCGAUGUGUCCAUGCGCUUCCUACGUGAAGACCCGUGGGACCGUCUUGCUAUUCUUCGUGAAGCUGUGCCCGACAUUCCGUUCCAGAUGCUACUACGUGGCGCCAACGCUGUCGGAUACACGAGUUACCCGGACAAUGUAGUGUACAAGUUCUGCGAGAAGGCCCAGGCUACUGGUAUGGAUGUCUUCCGUGUGUUUGACUCUCUCAACUACCUGGAGAACAUGAAGCUAGGCAUUGACGCCGUCGGUGCUGCUGGCGGUAUCAUCGAGGCUGCUAUGUGCUAUACUGGAGAUGUUUCCGACCCGACCCGUGGCCCGUACAACCUUGAGUACUACCUGGACUUCGUGCGUCAGUUGGUUGCUCAAGGUAUCCACGUACUCGCCAUCAAGGAUAUGGCUGGCUUGCUGAAGCCCCAGGCUGCGCAGAUCCUCAUCUCCGCUAUCCGCAAUGAGUUUCCAGAUCUGCCGAUCCACGUCCACACACACGACACUGCUGGUACUGGUGUGAGUUCCAUGCUGGAGGCUGCGUACGCUGGUGCCGAUGCUGUUGAUGUGGCCUCGGAUGCCAUGUCUGGCACGACCUCGCAGCCUUCGAUGGGCGCUGUUGUCGCUGCGCUCAAGGGCUCCAAGUACGACACUGGAGUGAACGCAGAGGACAUUAUGGAGAUCAACGAUUACUGGGAGACGAUGCGUGGCGUGUACGCACCCUUCGAGUCCGGUCAGAAGUCUGGUUCGGCUGACGUGUACAACCACGAGAUGCCUGGCGGUCAAUACACGAAUCUGCUGUUCCAGUCGACGCAACUCGGUCUUGCGGGUCAGUGGCCGGCGAUUAAGCGUGCCUACGCGACCGCUAACCGUCUGCUCGGCGACAUUAUCAAGGUGACGCCUUCGUCCAAGGUUGUUGGUGAUUUUGCGCAGUUUAUUGUGCAGAACAAGUUGACGGAGCAGGAGGUGAUCGACCAGGCCGAGACGCUGUCGUUCCCCAAGUCUGUGGUCGAGUACUUCCAGGGAUAUCUUGGUAUUCCGCACCACGGCUUCCCGGAGCCUCUGCGCUCGCGUGUAUUGAAGGGUAAGGUGCUGCCGAACGGCCAGGAAAUGUUCCACGGCCGUCCGGGCGCUGAGAUGGAGCCGUAUGACUUCGAAGCGGCUGAGAAGGAGCUGAAGGAGAAGUACGGCGCUGACAAAAUCCGUGACGUGGAUGUCAUUUCGCACGCUAUCUACCCGGACGUGUUCACGGGCUUCCAGAAGUUCAAGGACGAGUACGGCUCGAUGCACUUCCUGGACACUCGUACAUUCUUGACGGGUCUCGAGGUGGACACGGAGGUUGAAGUUGAGAUGGAACACGGCAAGACGGUCUUCAUCAAGCUGAUUGCUGUUGGUGGCGUGAGCAAGAAGGACGGUAUGCGUGAUGUGAUCUUCGAGCUAAAUGGUCGCCAGCGUGUGAUCAAGGUCAAGGAUGAGGCUGCUGGUGUGUCCACAGCAGUCAAGCCGAAGGCUACGGGACUGCCUGGUUCUGUCGGUGCCCCGAUGCCCGGUGUUGUGCUCGAUGUGCGUGUGAAGAAGGGUGAGAACGUGAAGGCUGGUGACGCCCUGUUGGUUCUGAGUGCUAUGAAGAUGGAGACUGUUGUGGCUGCUCCCGUCAGCGGCCGUGUGGUGUCGAUCCACGCAGAUGUUGGUGACAACAUGCUUGGUGGCGACCUCCUGGUGGAGAUCGACGAGACUGGCGAUGACGAAGAGUAAGUUUAUCUACACUGUAAGCAUUUUAAGGUUCACGUACGAAGUCACAGUGCUGGAUAAGUAAAAUGAAGCUGUUGCUUGGUACUUCGAAGUAUACCAACUUGAGAAUUUGGAUUACUUAGUAUGAUUGUCCCAGGUAAUUUACUACAGUCACUAUGCAUUCUUGCUAGCACGGUAAGGUUCAUGUUAGCUCCCACAUUAUCAGCUCCCCUAAAAACUUGUCGGGUAUUACACGAAUCGUUUAAUAAAUUCACUAGCUUUUCAAGCAA